AUGCUGUCACACAGUGCCCUGGUGAAGCAGAGGAGGCAGCAGGCGUCCGCCAUCAUGAGGGAAGUCCACGGAAACGAUGCAGGCAGCAUGGACCUGGGCAAGAAGGUCAGCGUCCCCAGAGACAUCAUGGUGGAGGAGUUAUCCCACCUCGGCAAUCGCGGCGCCAGGCUGUUUAAGAUGCGUCAGAGAAGGUCUGACAAGUACACGUUUGAGAACUUCCAGUACGAAACUAAAGUACAAAGAAACCACAGCCUCGCUAUGCAGAACGGGAAGCUGGAUGGGAGCAUCCUGGAAGGGGGCUCCCAGCAGGCCCCCCUGACGCCUCCCAACACCCCGGAUCCGCGGAGCCCUCCCAACCCAGAGAGCCUCGCUCCAGGCUAUUCUGGACCACUGAAGGAGAUCCCUCCUGAGAGGUUCAACACCACAGCCGUGCCCAAGUACUACCAGUCUCCCUGGGAGCAGGCCAUUGGCAGCGACCCUGAGCUACUGGAGGCACUACACCCCAAAUUCUUCCAGCCCGAGGGCAAGGCCCAGCUGCAGGACUACAGGAGCUUUAACAGAGUGGCCACCCCAUUUGGAGGAUUUGAGAAGGCAUCAAAAAUGGUGAAAUUCAAAGUUCCAGAUUUUGAGCUACUGCUGCUGACAGAUCCUAGGUUCAUGGCUUGUGCCAACCCCCUUUCUGGCCGACGGUCCUUCAACAGGACUCCGAAGGGAUGGGUGUCUGAGAAUAUUCCCAUAGUGGUAGCUGCUGAGUCUGCAGAGGACACCACGGUGCCAGAGUCGGAGGACCUGUGA